AUGGGUGGAAUCAAAUGCAGGAAAUGUGGUGCGACAGUCUCUAGUGAAGCUGCAACAGCACGGUUGGCUACGAGUGGAAUAUACUGGCUUGGAGAAAAGUUUGUUCAGGGUUUGGAAGCAGUUGCCAAGGGUUUGGCAGCGGUUGCCGAUAUUGUUGCAGGCACCUCCAUUCAUGCAGGUGUACCUCCACCAAGUAAGACCCCUUUGAUUAACUAAAAUGCGAAUCGGAAUGAAAUCUCUGUAAAUUCUCUCGUAGAGAGUGGACUUCUUGCUGAACAAUAUAACAACCAAGGAUUUAAAUGCGUCAAUGGACAUUCUGG